AGUCGUCAAUGUUUGUGUUUUGAUGAGCUUACACGGAGCUUUUGAACAUGGGUAUCAAACGUUGAUUAUUAACGAUUGUAUAGCCGACAAAACUAAAGAAAGUCAAGAACAUUUCCUCAACACUUUUGGCUUUAUGUUCAAAACGACUUUUUCAAAUCGAUUAUUGCAAGACUUAGAUCGAAUACUAGCAUUGAUUUGAGUAGUAUCUUUUUCCAACAAGCACAAACAAUAUAGAACCACAAUCAAAGUCUCAGUAGAGGCAUUGAUCACACAUUAUAGUAUAAAUGAUAGUUUCAAUUGUUUCUUCUAUUUUUUUUAUGAAAAGAUACUUUUAUGUGAUCCUUUAUAAGAACAUGGGGCUCAAAUAACAACAUAAAACAUAGGAAAAAAAGCUACCAUAAAGUUUAUUACAUUUCCUUGAAAAUCUCAGAUUGUUUUUCAUUGUUUUUCGAAAAAAAACAUCAACAAGGUAAGCCAAUUUGAGGGUGUGGGGGUGAGCGUGAGUAUGGGUCUAGGUCUGUGUAUACGAGGGUUAAACAAAGAACCUUACUCUCAUCCAUUACCAACCACUCUCAAGAAGAAAAAAAUGUGUGCAUAUCUACAGUACAUAUACAUACCUGUAUUCUGAAAUCAAGAUAGUAAUGUGGACAAAGUCAAGGUGCUUGCUGCACGUUGCUUUAUCAAUAAAGUAAGAGAUAAAAGGACGAUGUUCUCUUACCCAGCUACAUUAAUUCUUGUAUUCUACUCAUAAUAGAGUAUGAUAACCUCAACGUUGGUAUACCUAAUAUUUUUCAUUGAAGUUUCUUAUGAGCUGAACAAUGGAUUGGGUAGAACACCUCAAAUGGGUAAGAUACUAAAUUUUUAUGCAUCUGUUUUCAUGAUUGAUUUAUUCAAGGAUGGAACAGUUGGAAUCAUUUUAAACAUAAUAUUAGUGAAAAAAUAGUUCAACAAACUACAGAUGCUAUGGUAGCCACAGGUCUUUCAGCUGCUGGAUAUCAAUAUGUGAAUCUGGAUGAUUGUUGGCAAUUGACCCGAGACAGUCAAGGUAUUAUUCAUCCUGAUCCUCAAGCUUUUCCAAGCGGAAUAUCAGCUCUCGCUGAUUAUGUUCAUUCAAGAAAACUUAAAUUUGGUCUUUAUUCAGAUGCUGGAUUUAAGACAUGUGCUAAACGACCUGGUUCACUUGGUUAUGAAAAAAUAGAUGCUAAGACAUAUGCAUCAUGGAAUGUUGAUUAUUUGAAAUAUGACAAUUGUAAUACAGAUGGAACUAUUCCUGAAGUUCGAUAUCCAGUCAUGCGAGAUGCUUUAAAUGCUAGUGGACGACCUAUCUUCUUUUCUAUGUGUGAAUGGGGUGUUGAUACACCUGCAUUGUGGGCAGCUAAUGUUGGAAAUAGUUGGCGAACCACAGGUGAUAUUAGAGAUAAUUGGGAUUAUAUGAUGUUUAAUAUUGAUAUUAACAAUAAUUUUGCUGACAAAGCUGGACCUGGUGGAUGGAAUGAUCCUGAUAUGCUUGAAAUCGGAAAUGGUGGUAUGACUGAUGCUGAAUAUGUUACACAUUUUUCUCUUUGGGCCAUUAGCAAAGCACCCUUACUUAUUGGAUGUGAUGUAACUAAUAUGAGUGCAGCUACUUUAUCUACUUUAACUAAUCCUGAAGUAAUUGCUGUUAAUCAAGAUCCAUUAGGUGUACAAGGAAAAAAAGUUGCUUUUGCAUCAUCACGAUUUCUCAAUAUAUCAACCGAGGUUGUUGUUGCAAAUUGUUCAACAUCAUCAAAAAUAGAACCAAAACGUCUACAAUGGACAUACAAUCCUCAAGAUGGAACAAUUCGAUCAGCACUCAAUAGACGAUGUUUAUCUAUUAAUAAUUGUAGUACAGCUGAAGGAGCUACUAUUGUAUUAAGUGAGUGUCAUAUUAAUGAUUCACAAACACAAUGUCAAGGAAAAAAUCAACAAUGGACAGUUGAAACAACUGAUCAAACUAUUAUUUCACAAAUGAAUGGAAAGUGUUUGAAUGACAAUCUUCAGCAUGGACCAAAUAUUGAUGCACAUACAUGUGAUAAACAGGAUUAUCAACAGUGGUUAUGGAAUGUUACAGAUGGAACAGUACGAACUAAACAUGAUGGCCAAUGUUUAACUAUUUUACAAGAACUUGAAGUUUGGGCUGGUCCACUUUCAGAUCAUUCGCAAGUUGUUGUUUUACUUAAUCGAGGCAAUAGUGGAAGUGAAACAAUCACUGUCAAAUGGACAGAUAUUGGAUUUUCAAAUGAUCAAGCAGCAAUUGUUCGUGAUUUAUGGGCUCGAAAAGAUCUCGGAAUAUUUACAGGCAGUUUUACAUCACCAAAUAUUAAUUAUCAUUCAGUGAUCAUGUUGAAAAUUACUCCAACGCGCAAUAAAUAA